AUUUUAAAUGCACAAAAUAUAUUUCAGAAAUACAAGUUUCUCUCCAAUUGACUUGCAAAAUACCAGCAAGAUUUAAAUACCACCUAUUCUUUAGCUCGAUCUGGCAGCCCUGAUUCACAAUAUCAUCUUUACCUCACCACCAAAUUGAAAACAACGGCGCUUGGCUGUCAAAUCGAAAAUUUCAUUGCGCGUCCUUUGCAGCGUGCUUUUGUGCUGCAAUAUCCUAUUGCAUAAAACACCAGUGAAAAGUACUUAAAUCAGUGAGAAACAAAAUAUAAACAGCACAAACUCACAUUCGAUUGUAGUGCUUAUAAGGGAAUAGGAGACAGAAAACGAAAAUGACGCUGUCCGCUUUGGCGUCGUUUGACGAUCUGCGACGCUGCAUGCAAGUAUUGAACGAUGGCAUCGCUGAAGAAGAGUUUUUGCGGUUCCUGCGAAUGGUAGAGCAGUACCAUGAAAAGAGCAUGGGCUAUGCCGCGGAGACGGCUCGCAUUCAACAGGAGUUGGACAAGUCGCUAGUGAAAAUGGGCGAUCUAGAAGGCAAGCUGUUUCAUGCACGCCGUAUCAUUGAAAUGGAGAGCAAAAUGCGACGCCAGGCAGAACACGAACGUGAUGCCAUGGAAAACAAAAUUAUUGCAGUCGCCGAUUUGUUGCGCCAUGAACGCAAUCUGAACAACGACACGCGCGAUAAACUAGCCUUUUUGCAGACGAUGCAGUCACGCAAGCGGAAAUCUUUAAACACGCUGCGCGAAGAACGUUCCUCGCACUGUGACAUAAAUUCCACAGGCUCUCUGCUGUCGGAUUUGUCCAUUACACAAUCCGAAGAUGAUUUCCUCGAGGCGCGUCGCUCCCGUUCGUGGCGCGAACACCGUCCGUCGCUGCCUAAGAAUCCAGUACCAUGUGUGGGAAGCAAGCGCUCGCGUUUGAGCGGAGGACUGAACAGCAGCGUCAUUGGAACACCAACGACGACCACGACACAAGCGCGUCGGUCUGGGCAGGGAGUUGGCGUUGAUCACCACACGCUAAACGUGGCGCAGGGCGCGGAGCGUUUCUGUGCCACCACCAAAGUGACUAUACCACAGGAUGGACAGGGUGUCAUACGUGCAGAGUCCACAAUUGAAUCGCUGCCAAUGGUGACAAAAAAAGCAAAUGUCGUGAGCGAUGGAUUGGCCUCCACGCCAAGGCGAUCGGCUUUGAAAGAGGCCGCGGCACCCCCAUUGACGCCUAUCAAUGCUAUGGCUCCGCAUCUCGCUGCAGUUGAAGCCGGCUCGCCAGCCCAACGUCGUCCACUGAUGCGCAAACACACCUUCAACCAGAAGACUUUCUUGCGUGGAGACAAUUGCGUGCAAUGCCAAAAGCGCAUACGAUUUGGUGCCGUUGCCUUGCGCUGCCGCGAUUGUCCCGUGCGUUGUCAUAUCGACUGCCGUCCACUGUUAACCGUCAGCUGCGUGCCACAGUCUGGCACCCCAACAGCUAAGACCAUGCUGGGUUACAUCAGCGAUUUUGCUCCAUCUAUUUCGCCCAUGAUACCUGCACUUGUGGUGCACUGUGUCAAUGAGAUUGAGGCACGAGGCCUUACCGAAGUUGGUCUCUAUCGCAUGUCUUCAUCAGAGCGUGAAUACAAGGCCCUGAAGGAGCAAUUUUUACGUGGCAGAGCGACUCCACAUUUGGGAAAUACGGAUAUUCAUGUGCUCUGCUGUUGUGUCAAGGACUUUUUAAGGUCGUUGCGUGAACCGCUUAUACCAACUUCACUAUGGAAGGAUUUCGCCAAUGCCGUUCAAAAUCCCGACGCCAAGCAAAGCGAACAAUCGCUAUAUAAAUUGGUGGAGCUACUCCCGCAACCUAAUCGCGAUACCUUGGCCUUUCUCGUUUUACACUUUCAGCGCAUUGCUGAGUGUCCAGUUGUGCUUAUGCCUAUUGAUAAUAUAGCGCUAAUCUUUGGACCCACAAUUGUUGGUUACUCGUCACUGGAACCGGAUCAGCAUAGCAUCUUUACGGAGGUAUUCACCCAACAGCAAGUGGUGAAAUCCUUGCUUAGUUUACCCACCUCCUAUUGGCAGCAGUUUAUAGCAUUGGAACCUUCACCAUUAAUAGGCGAAAUUCAUGGCAGUUCUGUGAAACGUGUACCCAGCAGCAACAAGGAUUUGUUCUCCUUGUAUGCGACACCGCUGAAGAGUACCAUAAAGAAACGCAAAUUCUAUGCGACGCCGCCGCCAUCCGCUCAAAAAAAAUGAGACACACUUUGGGACAGUAUUAUAGAAGACGUUACUUAAAUUUACUACAAGUAUUUACCCUUUUUUGUUGCACCCACUGAGAAGGAAUGAUAACCUUCCAUUGCAAUUCAAGUUUUCACAACAAUUUCUAUUUUUCUAUAAAAAAGUUAAGCGUUGCGGUUACAAUUGUGUUGUAUGGAAAUCACCCACAUUAUUAAAACUAUUUCCGCAGGCAUACUUAUAUACAUAUGUUCGGUUAUAAAUUUAUAUAUACACCACCGCUUAU